AUGAGUUAUAUAUGUACUGAGAUUUACACUGAUCAAAGUGUGGAGUUUAUGUUCAACGAUGCUCAAAAUUCUACUCGUUGUAUUGAAUUGUUUGUUGAGUAUUCACCUGUGAGAAGUUCAGAAAUCACACCAAGUGUUGAUUAUGGCGUUGUUGAUUGUGGUAUUGGAUCAUCGGCGAGGGUUGAACAUGUGAGCUCUGAUCGUGAUAUGAGUGUUGCAGAUGCUGUUAAUGUUGGUGUUGGAAUAAAUAACGACUUAGAUGUUGCAGAUACCCUUGAUGAUAAUACUCGCAUUGUACGAGAUAAUGAUGAACCAUUGUCGCCAGUAACAUCUGAGGCAGAUGCCAGUCUAAGUGAGGAUUCUCUUGGUGAUGCUUCUGAUGAUGAGAUAGUAGUUUGUAAACCCGUUGUGCAAGGUGAACAACCACUUCCAAAAUACGUUCCCAAGGGGAUGAAAUUCUUUCGCAGCUUACCAAGUGGUCCUUCUGAGGUACCUGAUGAAGUUGGUAAUGAACACAACAACAUGUACUGGGAUGAGAGACAUCCAUAUCGGAUUGGUAUGGGAACAAAAUUUGACUCCAAGCUGCAUGUGAAGACGGCUAUGACUAUGUGGAGUUUGUGGCAUCAAAGACAGUUUAAGGUCGUUGAGAGCAAGUUAAGAAGGUGGCAUGCCGUAUGCAAAUUUCCAGCGGGAACGACAGAAGAUGGGAUAGCUAUUAUCAGCGAGACCGACGCUGAAAAAGCGAAUGAAUGUUCGUGGGAAGUCUCUGUUACACAAAGGGCUCAUGAUGAUCUUUGGGAAAUUAGGAAGUGGGUGAGACGACAUACUUGUGAAGGUCAUCGUGUGAAUAGAGGACAUGCUAACUUUUCAUCAGCGAUGAUUGCUCUGUGUAUACGACAUCAAAUACAAGAAGAUGUUUCUUUCAAGGCCUCGAACAUAAAAACCUAUAUUCAUGAAAGAUUCAAUGUGGUGAUCAGUUACAAGAAGGCAUGGUAUGCACGGAGAAAGGCUUUAGAGAUUGUCUUUGGUGGAUGGGAGGAAUCAUUCAGACAGUUACCAAGCUACAUGCUUGAACUGCAGUCACAGAAUCCAGGCACAAUUGUUGAGUGGAAGCACAACGAGCUGUUGAGUCACGGACGUAAAAAGGUGUUCAGUUAUGUUUUUUGGGCAUUUGGAGCUGCUAUACAUGCUUUUCAGCUGGCCCAACCGGUUUUAACAAUUGACGGGACUCACCUCCGAGGAAGAUUUAAAGGUAAAUUGCUUGUUGCUUGUGGUGUUGAUGCUAACAAAAAAUGCUUACCUAUUGCAUAUGCCGUUGUUGAUGAGGAAACUGGCGACAGUUGGACAUGGUUCUUGAAACAUGUAAGAAUUCAUGUGGUGAAAUACCAGAGGGAGGUGUGCAUCAUAUCGGAUAGGCAUAAAGGAAUUUUCAAGGCUAUGGAUUCUGAUGAAUGGAAAAAGGAGCCAAAAUGUCACCACAAAUUUUGUUUGAUCCAUGUGAGGAAAAAUAUCUUGCAGAAGUGCAAGGGUCCUACUGUGAAAAGCAUGGUGUGGGCAUUGGGUGCUACAACUCAAGAGCGUAAAUAUAAGAGAAGACGGCGUGCACUGCAUGAGGAAAGCCCUGAUGCGAUACGACAGCUGAAUAGGGCCGAAAAAGAAAAUUGGUCUCUUUGUUACGAUGAUGGACUUAGAUGGGGGGUUACCUCAACAAACAUGUCGGAGUGCUACAACAAUGUUUUGAGGGGUGUAAGAGAGUUGCCAAUUAGAGCUUUGAUUGAUCUCACAUUUUGGAGAACAGUGGAAUGGUGGGCACAAAAGAAGACAAAAAUACAGCACACCGAAGGUCGGUUAACACCGUGGGCGAGGGACAAACUUGCUGAGAAUGAUGCCAAGGGGCAAAAACAUCACAUUUCUGUACUUGACCGAGGAUUAGGACAUUACCAAAUUCGAAGUCAGGCACGGUUAGAAGAUGGGAAGCCAAAGGGCAACAAUGUACAGAAGGUGCAGUUUGAAGAUUCUAAGUGCACUUGUGGGAAGUGGCAGACGUGGAGAGUUCCUUGCUCACAUGCUUGUGCAGUUGCUAGAGAUAGAGGUAUCGCUAUGUUUGAGCUCAUAUCUACAAAAUUCCACAAAUCUACAUGGGAAGCACAGUAUUCUAGUCCUCAUCCAUGGGAUGCACCAAGACACGAAGAUUAUUGGGCUAAACCUGGAUGGAAAUUGGACAUCACCCCUGAGCAGUUGCUUCCUCGAAGGCGUGGCCGUGGUAGAAAGAAGAGGAUACCUAAUCAAAUGGAUGUCCGCGAGGAAGGUGAACCGAAAGCUCCCCGCCGUUGCAGGAAUUGUGGGCAAGAGGGACACGAUCGAAGAAAUUGCUCAGUCGGUCGUGUUAUGUAG